AUGAGUUCAGGUCGCAGUGCAUCUCCGGAGUCAUCCGAGCGUGUUAGUGGAUACGUCAAGUGGUUCAAUGUGAAAUCAGGUUAUGGGUUUAUCAAACGCCUUGAUAAUGAUGAAGAUGUAUUCGUACACCAGUCAGCAAUUGUGAAGAACAAUCCAGAUAAAUUUCAGCGAUCCCUUGCAGAAAAUGAACCAGUGGAAUUCAUUGUUAGAUCGGGUCAGAAAGGUGAUGAGGCUGCUGAAGUCACGGGACCAAAUGGAACUCCAGUUAAGGUACUGUUUUCUUUUGUAGUCAUUUGGUCUCUAAAGGGUAGCGACUAUGCUUCCGGUCGUCCGUUUUUUAACUCGAGAGAUCGGGGAUAUGGACAGCGGUCGUUCGCGUCCAGACAGUGGAAGGAUGGUCGCUCUGACACAAAUUUCGCAAGUUUCUCCUAA